AUGGUCAGUUCAUCUGCUUUGUCCAAAGAUGAGGGAGAUCGUCUUGCUGAUCCUACUGAAUAUAGAAGCCUUGCCGGUGCUUUUCAAUAUGUGGUCUUAACUCGGUCGGAUAUUGCUUAUGCCAAGCAACAAGUUGUUUCUCGAUCCACGACUGAGGCUGAAUAUCUGAGCUUAGCUACAGCUACUAGUGAUAUUACUUGGCCUUCUGAUAUCCUCAUUGCUCUUUGGUUAAUUAGAGGUGGGAAAAUGGCAAAAGCUGGUGCUUUUGUUUGUCUGCUGAUUGUUACUCUAGAUUUUGUUGCUGGUUUUCUCAGCAUCCAAGCACACAUUACCAAAGACAAGUGUGAACAGCCAAAUAAUAAAGCCUUCAAGCUUGGGUUGAUAGCAGUUGUUCUACUAGCUUCAUCCCAUAUCUUUUCAAAAUUGCUUGGUGGCUGUUUGUGUAUGUGCUGUACUGAAAAGCUUGAAACGUCAUCUGCUAGCAGGAAAUUCUGGUUCGGCUGUCUCGUUCUUUCCUGGAUUGUAGUAGCAGUCGGAUUUCCAUCACUGGUAGUAGGAAUGAUGGAGAAUGCCAAAUUAAAAGGGUCAUGCCUGGUUUUGCAUCACCAUUUUCUAUUUGUUGGAGGGAUACUUUGCUUUGUUCAUGGAAUUUUAAGUGUUGGAUUAUAUAUUUCUGCAAAUGUAAGCUUUCAAAAUGAAGUAGCCGUCGGGUAG